GGCAUUCAUGGAGCGAAAGACUGUAGGAGCUUUUUUGGCAGUAUUUAGAUAUCUCAAACUCACUAUUGGAGACAACUGGAUGCCCCAAAGUGCCACUGUCGAUUUUGAAAGAGCUCUACGUUCAGCAAUCAGGAUCGUUUUUCGUGGUUGUGUUAUUAAACGAUGUUAUUUCCAUUAUCUUCAGUGUUUAACUAAAAGAUUCAUAAAAUUGAAUGGGAAGAAAGCAUAUCAGAAUCUCAAAGAGUGGCCACGAGGCUUUCUUUUCUACCGACGAAUUAUGGGUCUUGCAUUAUUGGAACCAACAGCUAUCAACGAAGCUUUCCAGAAUCUUAUUAAUGAAACGGAACGAGAUAUCUUACUGUACUUUGAUGGAUUCUUGAGAUACUAUCGACGAUGGUGGAUUAACACUGUGAAGCCUGCCAAUUUCUCUGUAUUCGGAUUCCACGAACGAACAAAUAAUGCUAUUGAGUCGUAUCACCGUGUGUUAACACUCCGAAUUGGCCUUCAUCCAAAUAUAUGGACAUUUAUCGAGAAACUCCUGAAACUACAGAAGAUUACAAGAAUUGAAAUCUUAUCAUUACAACGAGGAAGAAGUGUGCGACGCCCACGAGAACACCAGUACAUAGUACGCGAUGAACUCAUUGAAACUGCUUGGCAAAUGUACGACCGUAAUGAACUGGAUAAUGCAAAAUUUUUAACUGCAACAAGUCAUAUUCUCGGUGGAUUCGGCAAAAAAUUUGUCAUCUGCGAACCUGGACAACUGGCUAUGUUUCAAAAUGAUUUGACUUAUCAAGAAAUUGUCAACAUAUUUGGAAUUCCAUAACUUCAAAUUCUUGAGGAGGUCAUUCCCGUAGUUGGUGAUAACCUCUUAGUAUUGCGCUGUCUAGACAUAUACCGUUGCACACUUUGCGAAGCCAAGAAGGUUGCAAAUAUUGUGUCUACACCUUGCUGGCAUUGGUCCUCAUGCGACAACUGUCUCAAUGGAAUUAUCAAUCUGAUGGCUCAACAUGACAAUUUGAACAUUGUUUGCCAUAAGUGUAAUCAAAUUGUUACUGCUUUCCGACGGAUUGAUUAAAACUCGGUUGAUUGAGAUAACGAUUGAAAGGAAAAUAAACAUUUGUCGGAGUUUAAUAAUACUAUAUCGUGCAAUUUAUGAUGGACAGAACAAUAUUUAUUUCAUAAGAUAAUCAAUUUAAUAUUGUUUCAAAAUAUUAUCUUUCUCUCAGUCGUCAGUGGGGAUGACAUAGAUGGGAUUAUUGAUUGAUAUGACUGAUUAUUCUAAUACUGAUGUCAUUCAUAAU